ACAGACCCACUCAUCAAUCGACCCGCCAUAACAAUUCUCCGAGAUGCCUGCCGUUCCCACUAGAAACAAUGGCCAAGAUCAAUCCCUCACCGUUCUCCUGCGCAAUAUCAUCAGCGAAUACCCCGCCGGCGGUGGUGUCCUUCGUGAACUUUGUCAAAAUGCGGACGAUGCUGGCGCGGAUAGCAUCGAAUUUGUGCUCGAUACUCUACAAUACCCUACCGAGGACCUCCUCCACGGGGGCCUUGCGGAAUUCCAGGGGAUCUCCCUUCUCGCAUACAAUAACAGACCCUUUACUCAAAAAGAUUUCCAGUCCAUAAUGCGGAUUGGUGAUAGUGGAAAGGCUAAGGAUCUCACCUCCACUGGGAAGUUCGGCCGAGGAUUUAACAGUGUAAUUGCUAUCCCAACCUCUGCUUUCUCCUAAUGCUCACAUCGUCAAACUGCUAAUUACGGAGCUUUUAGGUGUACAACUGGACCGACAAUCCAUCCAUACUCUCCGGAACCUCUCUCUUAUUGCUCGACCCACACAAGACAUGGUCAUCGGAUAUUGGCUUUCCCGGAGGCCCACUUUACGAUUUCGUUGCAAACUCUGGGGAACCCGACAUGAAGAACCAGCUUUCUGCAUUUGGCAGUAUUUUGGGAUGCCACGAUACACCCUUCGAGGGGACAAUUAUCCGUCUGCCAUUGAGGAGCGAGGCUCAGGCUAUCAGAAGUGAAAUCGUCGAGGAUCAUUUGUCUACAUCGAAAGAAGAUAUCGAAGGUGUCUUCGAAUUGUUUACAAAUGAACUAGCGGAAUCCCUCCUCUUUUUGCGCAAUCUACGCUCAAUCACCUUGAGAAUUGAUGACACCAUCUUUUCCAAAGCUGAGUCCACCAUCCGGAAUGAGAAGAAGAACGACAGAGGAGAGAACCCCGUCAAUGAGGGUUACCGCCAGGUUUUUGUGGAGCAAUCAAAAGAGUCUUGCGAGUUGGACUUUAUGAUGGAAAUUAGCAUCCUUCGGAGCACCGAACCAGGCACAUCCCCUCCUUCUGAAACCAAGGUUAAAUAUGCGAUAAGUCAUCGCCUACUGAAAUCCAUGGAGGAUGAAAACCUGCAGAAAUGGGCAAGAGACCACAAACUAUUCCCCUGGGUCGCUGUUGCCAAUCCAUUAGACGUUCGUUUUUCUUCCGAGAUGAUUGGUAGCAUUUUGCCAAAACUAACCUGACUCCCAGAAAACACCUGACUUCGACGGAAGGCUAUUUGCCACCCUUCCCCUUCCCAUCCGGACGAAACAUCCUGCCCAUAUUCACGGAAUAUUUAGCAUUACCCCUGAUCGGUCCAAUAUCCAUUCCGGGGGUGACACCACCAUUAGUUACAAUGCAUCAACUCGGUUAGGGGCUCUGUGGAAUAGGUGGUUACUACACGAGUGCGUGCCACACGCCUGGGUUCGCAAUCUGGAGUUUAUAAGAAGCCACAACCUUACUCCUGGUUGGGAUUUCUGGCCUGCAGGGAAACAGGGAGAAUGGGAGCAAUUGUGGAUGGGCAUUUUGGGGACUGUUUUUAAGAAGGUCGUUGAGGAUGGUCUUGGGCUACUGCCAAUCGUCAGCGGAAUGGUAAAGCCGGCCAAAGAAGUGGCAUUUACCCUCGACAUUCCCGAAGAUCUGCAUUUCUCCUUGAGAGAUGCUGGAGUCCGAGUCGUGUUCCCCCCGGCAGACCGGAGAACGGAAAUUAGCGUUCUAGAUGACAAGAUAGGCCUCGAAUACCUUUCCCCUUCUACUGGACGGCGCCAUUUAACGUCUAUCAAAGACUCUGAUGCACUUCUGCACCUAGGCAUCAAUCCUCGAAUGGUCCUGCUGGAUUAUAUACUGUCUGACUGCCAGGUUAAGGAUUUUAAAAAUUGUGAAGCCCCUCUCAUCCCUCUGUCCGAUGGUACUUUUCGGGGGCUGGAAAUGGCCACAUCCCAGGAUGAUCGAAUAUUCAUAGCGAGAGACAAAACUGAAGAGGACCUCUUUACAAAAUCACCAGAAAGGAUAGUGAAAAUAGGUGCUCUUCUUAAGAAAUCGCGGGAAACACUGGUUGGACACAUUGCCGAGAUCGAAAAGCACAGCAGAAUCAAGGCCUGGACGGUUGAGGAUGCGGCUCAAUAUUGCUCUUCCCAUGAAUUCGAUGGAAUAACUGGUCCGGUGCCAGUAGUUAAAAUCGAUAAACCUGGAAUUGGCGAUUUCGUUGGGCGAUUCUGGGAAUGGGUCUCCAAGGCUCAGGAUAAGGGAGAUGGAGGAUCUACAUUGGUGAACGCAUUGAAGGAUCUAUGGCUUAUCCCUCUCGGAGGACAAAUGUUUCAAAGGAUCGGAAGCAUCUCCGAAUAUCCUGUCCUGAAUGUGUCAGCAAACAAGGGAAUUGGUUCAUUUCUAAAGCAAACUGAAUCUGCUCUUGCGGAUCGGUUCGUGCCUGAGAUAAUGCAUCUCUACGCGGGAGAUGGAUACCCACGUGCUACACAAAUCCUCCAAGGGCUCGGGAUCAUCAAGGACUAUGACGAUCGGGGAUCCCUAAUGAGGUGGCUUGAAGUUACCGUGAAGGUUUUUGCUGAAAAAUUGGAUCGUAACGAAAAAAUGGAAUUAAUACGACACCUAUUCGACCUGACAAGAGAUUGCAGUGCAUCCGAGCGAUCAUGCAUGGAGCCAACGGCCCGGAAGUUGCCCAUAUUUCAGGAGGCAAAUGAUUCGAGCCCAAACGAACGGUUUGUUUGUCUUCUUGUUAGUUUUUACAGUUGUGCUAACGGAGUCACGAAGUCCCUGGAUAUCAAUAGCCAACGACAACCCCUCUCCCCUUGCAACAUAUGUUGGGGUGGAGAACCUGCCAAUCACCCUGGAUACACCUCAAUACAUUUUCAUCGACACAACGUAUCACGAACUCAAAGGACUGGUAUCCCACCUACAAUUAUUCAAGUGCCCCUCCCUCUCUGAGAUACUCGCAGACCACGUCGUUCCCAGGAUCUCGGAAACCGGUACUCCCGGUGAUAAAAUAAGAAUGAGAUCCAUUGAAUUUGCUUUGAGCCAUUUCGAGUCUUUAUCACCUGAAGCCUGUUCUGCGCUUUCUUCAAAGGAGAUUGCCCCGGUAAGUGGCGAGAAGCUUAGACGCCCCAAGGACACGGUUUCGGGAAAACAUAUGGCUGCACUAUAUUUCGAAGAGGAAGAACGAUCUCCUAUAAAAGACUUUGAUAAAGCCUAUCACUCCGCUCUUGUUUGUUUAGGGAUGUCGGAAGGUAUAACUGAUGAAAUUAUCUUGGAAAGAAUUCAUUACUACAGCAGCUCGGGACUCUCGCCUCGUGAUGUUAAUGACAAAGUAUCCACCUUGUUCCAAAGCAAACCCCCCACCCAACCGCUCAGUAAGGAGUGUAUGGAAUUGUGUUGGAUCCCAGCAAUAAGCCCAGAAGGAGAACUUGGACUGUUCAGCCCUCUCCAAUGUCGGUCUAGAAGGUUUCGAUCCUUGUGCAAUUAUUCCUUGCCCAUUACGAAAUUCUCUAUCGGCCACGCCUGGGAGAAGGAGUGGGAAAAGUGGUUAGGAUGGGACACUGAGCUCACCGUUGAACAAAUGAACAAGCAAUUAGAUGGGGCAAAUAGGAGAGGAGACCGUUUUUCGCUAGCAAGCCUAGUGGAAUACUGGUAUAAGAUUUACUCUCUCGGAAAGGUCGGUUCAACACCAGACGCCGAACUGAAGGUGAAUAGUCGGAAAUGGAUCCCUGGAUCCUCGGGAGGGUUCUUUUCUCCAACCGAAAUGUUUUUCACAGGUGCCAUGCAGCUGCCUCCUUACUACGAUAAUGUUUGUGAAAGGUUCCUCGAGGCAAAACCAAAUAUCAAAAGAUUUCUUACUCACAUCGGAGUUAAACCAGCGCCGACUUUUGGACAGGUAACUUGUAUUCUCCUUGUUUGCUUUAAUAUGCGAAACAGGUGGCUCUCUUCGCUGACACAAUAGUUCUAGCUGAAUGACCUACAAGAUAGAAUUAUGACCAAGGGACCCCUUUCAACGCAGGAUCUAGAGGUAGCACUUUAUAUCGUGGAACAGGUCGCAGAGCGACAUACUAGGAAAAAGGGCCAAAAUUUAACUUUAGAUUUCAAGGCUCCGGAUCAGAAUGGGGUUAUGCGCACAUUUUCGGAGCUCACUGCGAGGGGUAAUGAUGUGCAUAUUUCCAUAGAAGAUAGACCAACACCGCACCCAAGGAUCUCGGAAUCAACAAUAAAGAAACUUGGAUUACCUACCGUGGAAGAUAGGAUUCUUGCGUCUCUCAGCGACCCAUGUUUUGAACAAGACUUCUCUCAAUCACAAAGCCCCAAGGCUACAAUCAAGGAUACUUUACAACGGUACAGUGUGGAAAGUACCUUUAGCGAGUACUUGGCCAAUGCGGAGGAUAGCGUGGGUGAGGGGGGCAAAACUGCAACCCAAAUCCGUUGGAUGAUUGACCACUCCACAGAAUACCCAACGGAGAAACUGAUAACUCAGGAACUCGAGACCGUUCAAGGAAAAGCCCUAUUUUGCUACAAUGAUGGCGGUAAGUCUAAAUGAUGUGACGUUUGUCUAGGCACCGAAUCAUUGUACUGAUAGCUGCCUAGUGUUUACCGACAAGGAUUUUAAAUCUAUUAUUGAUGUUGGAAUUGGGUCGAAGGGCCUUGACCGCACAAAGAUUGGCAAAUUUGGAAAGGGGGCUUUAACGAUGUAAGAUCAUGGUCUCAUCUAACAAGAUCUCACGCUCACACCACUCCUGGUCUCUAGGUAUCAUUGGACAUCUGCACCUAGCUUUGUUUCUGGGGAUUUCUACGUGAUAUUCGAGUAGGUAAAAAAAACCCACCAUUUCACUCACACGCACUGACACCUAAAGUCCCGAGAAUUGUUUUCUGCCACCGCUCCCCCUAACAGGCAAGCCUCGCGGUGGGUUGAAGCUUAGAAUUCGAGAUGUUCAAGCCCAAUGUAAGUCCCCCUAGCCUAAAUUCAUCUGAAAACCGCCUUUCGACAUCCGGCACUGACAUAAAUGAGAUCCGGAUCAAUUGAAACCCUUUGAAGGGGUAUUCGGCUUUUCGAUAGCAUCCCCGAGAUUCGAAGGAACAAUCUUUAGGUUCCCAUUUCGCGGGCUCACUGACAGUUCACUGCUAUCUCCAAGGAACAUCUCCUCAACAGAGGCAUGCUCCUAUCUCGAAAAAUACACAGUGAGAGCAAGGAUAUCACUCGUGUUUCUUAAAAAUAUCUCAUCCGUAUCCUAUUGGCAAAAGGGAAUACCGGAUCCUAUUUGGAUAGUUUCAGCAUCGUCAAAGCCGUUGCAGACAAUUACCGGCAGAUCUACUAGGGCUAGGGAGGUAGAGAUUACCUUGAAAACCUUUGAACGGAUACAGAUCCCUGGAUCCACGACUUCCUUAGAGAGUGACAAAUGGUGGACAAUAGAGGGAUCCACCGGAGAACAAAAUAUUCCAACGGAGUUAGCGGAGAUGGCGGAGUGCAACAGACUUGAAGCCACAUACGGACUUGCAGUUCCAGAUGGCGCUCAGGCCACUUGUUGUUUUAUGGGACUUCCCCUGCAAACGAAAUACCCCCUAUCGCUCCCAGUUAGCAUUAAUGCAGUAAGUCAAAGAACCCCAUACUACCGAGACAAGAGGACCAGUUUCUAAUUUCCGCUUGAAAUGUGCUCCAGAACAUGGCCUUGCAGAGUGACAGACAAACACCCAUAUCUGAAGAGGAAAAUGGUUCCCUUGAGUGCUUGGGGUGGAACAAUUGGAUUUUUGGAGAGGGAAUUGUACCUCUUUACCUCCUAUUCCUACGACACCUCAUGAAGCUCUAUGGAACGGGUGGCUACCGUUUUUGGCCGGCCCCACCCUCGGAGCUCAAAAACCCCGACCACAUAUCUUUGACUAUCUCAACCGAAUUUUGGAAAAAGGCGGGUGAAAGUUCUUUCGAUUUGUACCCUCAAAUACCGCCUCCUCUUUGUACGCGGGGGAGAAGCAGAUUACAGAAAACCGAAAAUCUCAGCAUCAAGAAAGCUAUUUUCAACUUUCUAAGUGCAGAACAGAGCCAAUUCAUAGUACCAUUCCUCAUGCAACUGGGUAUUACGAAUAUAGUAACUCCUCCUCCUAAUGUCGCAAAGGGAUUGUCAGAAGCUACUUCAGAGAAAGUAUCGCUAUCACUGGUAACUCCGGCAUAUGUUCGGGAUAUACUCCACAAUCCAACCCGAUGCAAGCUGCUCCAGGACGACUUGAAGAAAGAUCCAGGGAGCCUCGCGAACAAUAUCAACAAGUUAAUAUCCUUCCUAUUGCAAGAUACAUCGGAGGAUUGUUUGACUGGGUGUUCACUAUUACCGCUCCACGACGGGUCCUGGGGAACCUUCUUACCACGGUCAACUUCCCAGAUUCAGUACUUGACCUCUAUGACGCCCUUGGAUCGUGGCAUCCUGGAAGUCGCGGGUGGGAGGCUAGUUUCCCAAGAUCUUGAGACACCUGUGAUCGAAGCAUUGUUAGAGAGGGAGAUAAACAUCUCUCUACUAAGCUUCGAUCAUAUACCCGCAUUAUGUAAGCUGGCGGAGUCAAAAGAUCCGGAAUACCGAAAGACCUGGCUUAUCAGUGUCUGGGAAUAUUUUGAACUAUGCGCCACAAAUGAUCCCACUAACAGGGAGGGAUAUCUCAAAUCCAUCGAGUUAUUGCCUGUAUACUGUGGGUCCGCCGUGGGCGGACCAGGUAGCCUGCAGUUUCUUAGCCCCCUGAGAUUUUUUUCCGGAAGACUUCCAGCCAUCGUCGACCCUAAUACUCCUUCUCAAGAAAGUGGCAAAUCGAUACUUUUCCAAGCGCUAAAUGGCUUGAUACUAGUAAACGAAUCAACAUUUCCCAAAACGGAUCUUCCCGCCGAGUCGGUGAGUUUGUCAACAGGUGCCCAUCGUCUCAUCCAGGCUAUAAGCUCCUUGCGCUUUACAGUUCCCACAAUCUAUUCGAUGGAUCAGGUCUUCUCGGAUGUGCCUGUGGAGGGUAUUGAGGUAGUUAUUUCUAAGACUCAUCGCCCAACCUCAAUUGUCUCUAACAUGCUCUAGGCUCUGAGCAAACUUAUCCUCCCUCACAUUUCAGAUCUCUUGAACGGGGACGACCCAGCAUUGAGCACGCUGAAGCAGCUUCCGAUAUGGCCUGUUCUCUCAGGAUCCUUCCAGUCCGCAGCAAAUCUAAAAUUGGCUCCCCAUAAAAGCCUGGCUCUGACGAACAUGAUAGACCAAACCACGUUUUUGAGACCAGAGCUAGUAUCUAAAUAUUGGGAUGAACUAGAGAAAUUGGGUGUACCGCGGCUAUCCUACCCGGAUUUCCUGAUCAAUGAGGUCGGCUUGGCUCGCGGGUACCUACCUGCGGAGAAAAUUUGGGAGUACAAAAGGUUUACCGAGAUGGUUUACAAGGAGAAGAGAAGCGUAUUUAGAUCCUGUAACCUGGCUGUGAACGGAGAUCUUCGUUUCUGUUUGCCGAGCACCCUCUAUAAAUCUUCGGAGCCUUUAUUCCGAGCAGCGUUCCGAGACCAAGCGAGCUCGAGAUUCCUUCACCCAGUGUUAGCCGAGUCACAUGUUUGGAGAGACUUCCUCAUCACGAAUGUUUUGGGACCGACAUAUAUGCAGUGCGCUUGGUCAAUUGAGCGCCGAAAUGGCGGAACAAUUCCGGAUGACCAAAUCGAACAUGACUCGCGUAUCGUAUUCGACCAUUUAUGCUGGGACCACCGAGAGAUGGAUUCUUGGUCUGAAUCUACAUGGGAAACUCUCAUAAAAAUACAGUUUGCACCAGUUCAAGAGGCUGCCCCAUCUUUGGGCCAGUCACAAUUAAGGAGUCGACUGAGAGAGAAAUUCUGGCAACGGAAUAAGCUAGUAACAAUUACAGAAGCAGUGGAUCAAAGAUUCGAGGGAAUCUCAUGGAGCCAAAAGCCGGUGCUUCGGAAAAAAAUGGGUUCCCUUGCUCUGACGAUGAUGACGUCGAUAAAGCCAAUGAUUACACCAACGACAGUCAUAGGGCAUUUAGAAUUCCUUGCAUCACACAAUGGGGAAAUAGCAGAAAAUGAGCUUCAGACACGCAUAUCCGAAAUCAAGGAGGCCUACCAAUACCUUGAGGGACAGAUACCCACCUACACUAUUCGAGAGAGUGCAUUAAUCUGGCUCAAUAUCGAGAACGAAGACCUAAGGGAGAAUAUUGCACUAGAAACCUUCCGAAAAUCAUGGUCGUGUGCUAGGAAUCUUUGCCUCGGUAUCCAGUACGACUCUGGGGAAAUAAAGCGUGUACGAUCCUUCCUAGACCACUUCCGCCAGCUCUUGGACCAUGCCAAUGUGUCCGGAAUAGUGAACCCCCGACCGUUAACCCCCGAACCCCCUAAAACGCAGUUCCCCAUCCUCGAAGGCCUCCUCAAUCUCCGCAAUCAGGGAUUACUCUUCGACGUCACAAUAAUUUCACCUCUCCAGACUUUCAAGGCACACAAAGUUGUUCUUGCUUCCGUAUCCGAUUACUGGAGAGGAAUGCUCUCCUCACAAUUCAAGGAAUCGUCCACUGCCGAAGUUUUACUGCAGGACGAUCCGAACACGAUCAAGGUCCUACUUGAUUACAUUUACACUAACAAGUUCAUCGAACCCCAGCGUGAGGAUGACGUCACAACGCAACUUGAAAACUUACUCGAGCAACUGGAGAAGUCGGAGAAGUGGCGCCUGCUGAACUUCAAGCAUUCCAUGGAGGAUUACUUGUCGGACCCUCAUUGGAUACGUCCUGAGACCGUCAAGUCCAUGUUGGGAAGCUCUAGGAUGUAUAAGGCGGACCGGCUCGCCCGUGUUUGCAAGAAGUACAUUGAGGAUAAUAGAGCUAUUGUCGAGAGGGAGGAUCCCAUGGAGGACUAAUAGUCGCAGAACUAGAUAUUUUGUAUCCCCCAGGAGUUUUCCCCUUCCCCCUAUGAUCGAGUAAUGUAGCAUAGCCCGGAGUCAUGAUUCCUUCGUUCAUAAGUUUUUUUUUCUAGAUUCUGGACUUUGGGCUUUCUGUUUGACUGUUUGCGUUAUUUUUAAGCCCAACUGGUUUUGUGAUUCAGCCCCAGCGGGUAUCACCCCAGGUCUCCUUUUUACAAUAACAUGAGUGUGGUUUUGUUGAAACCUACAUAUGGGCUUUUUUGGUUGUUACCAGGAAAACAGGUUUGAAGGGUGGCAACCAGAGAAAAUCAAUCUUGAGAUAAACACUUUUUUCUUUUUCUCUACUGUAGAAU